AAAAUGGCGUCCGGUGGGAGUGAAUACACGUCGGAUGAGAUUUUCAAUUUUAAAUGUUCGUCUUGUCUGGCAAAUAACCGGAAUAGAGAAGCUGCAAAAUAUUGCGUGGAAUGUCAGGGAUAUUGUUGUCAGUCAUGUGCAGACAUGAUUCAUAUGAUGCCUGCUUUAAAAGGUCACACACUUUUGGAUAAUUCAAAUUAUAAAUCAUCCAGUUUCCAUGCAGGAUUACCAGCAGUACCGACGGAGAGAUGCAGCAGUCAUGAGACAAAGAUCGUGGACAUUUACUGUGGUAAUCAUGAUGAGGUUGGUUGUACAACUUGCAUGGCUUUAAACCACAGGUCUUGUGCUGAUGUACAAUCCAUUCCAGAUACUGUCGAUAGUAAAUUUCAAACGACAGAUGUUGACAAAAUACACCAGAAGUUGCAAGACUUGAAAAUUAUGAUGGAGAAAAUUAUGAACACUAGACAAAGACUGAUAGAAGACUUAAAGAAGUCUAAGACGGAAGCAGUAAUGGCGAUAAAGGAUUUUCGAAAAGAGAUGGAAAUAAUUUUUGAGCAGCUAGAAAAAGAAUCGAUUAAAGAAUUGGAGAUAAGGUUCAUAGAAAAAAAAUCGAAACUGCUAGAAGAGCAGAAGAAAGCAGAAACUGAAUUAGAUGGCCUGAAACAAGCAGUGAACGAAUUGAAGAAAUCAGAAGGAAACAAAGCCCAACAAUUUGUCUCCAUGAAAAUGUCCUUGAAAGGUAUUGCGAAAACGGAGGAUGCAUCUCGUUCAUUGCAAACAAGUGAUGUAAAAAUACUAGUAUCCUAUAGCUUUGAUCCUGCUAUACUGAGAUUUCUACAGCAGUUGAAAACGUUUGGAUCGGUCCGACAUGAUUCUGCCACUGCUUUAAGAUCGCAAAGGACAACCGUCUAUUCUGCUAAAAGUAUCGAUGAUUUAAACAUCAGAGUCCAGAAUGACAACAAAACAUGUUGUGUGUAUGGGUCCUGUCUAACAGAAGAUGGAUCACUACUGUUAUCUGAUUAUAGCAAUAAUAAGAUUAAACGUGCAGAUAUUGUAAACAUGUCAAUUACAAAUUAUUGUUGUGUUCCUGCUAACCCUUUUGGCAUUUGAAGUAAAAUCGAAGCUGCAGUCUGCCUGAAGAAAGGUACAAUUCAGUUUGUCUACCUUGGCAAGCAGAUGACAAUCACCCGUCAGAUAAAAAUUAACCACAGUUGCUUUGGCAUUGCUUAUAAGGAUGCUAAACUAUACACAACUGACAGCUGUCAGUCGUUAUACAUACAUGAUAUGACAGGCAACGUGUUACAGACGGUAACUGGAGACAACUUCGGGCAAAACCUGUUUUCAAACAGUCGAAAUAUUGCUUUCAGUGAUGUUGAUGAUAAAGUGUUUGUUGCUAGUUGGGGUAAAGGUUUAGUUAUUAUUGAUGGACAAGGAAACCACUGUCAGACCGUCACUGAUUCAGAAUUAAAAGUAGCGUCUGGAGUUUGUACAGAUCGUAGCGGUAAUAUGCUUGUCUCCGGGUACAGUUCAAAUAACGUGAUACAGAUAGGGAGAGACGGGAAGAAAAUGGGCGUGGUCGUGAACUCAUCAGAUGGACUUGCCCAAGCAGAAUCAGUAUGUUUUGACAAAAGACAAUGCAAAUUAUUGAUUACACAACGCAACAAUGAUACUGUCAAAGUCAUCUCUUUGCAUUAAAGGGUAUUUAUCUGACGAUAUUUUGCAUGUAUAAGCAUGUAAUGCUUUUUUCUUGAACCGCAUUUUUGCACAAAUUGCAUCUAAUCAAAGAAGGCUUUUAACCACAAUAGUUUACUUAAUUCUUGACAUGUGUAAAAUAUGGAAGUUUUUAAAAACAUUGCUCAAAUCAGCGCGAUAUUGAAAUAAUUUCUUAAUAACUGAACUAAUGUUUUAUUACGUUCACUUACCACAGCGUACUUUUUUCAUUCCCUAACUGUACUGUCUAAUGCAAGACAGACGUACACUACAUCGUAUGUUGUUUUCCUUAUUACUUCUAGAUGUUUCGAUUGAAGUAUUUCUAUUUAUUCAUAUUUAUUCAGACUUUUAACGUAAUAUUACGGCGUUUACCCGGGCAUGAACAACACUGAGAUUUCUGGCAAAUCCAUGCAUCGCGGUGGGACCUGAAUUAAAUUUAGACAUAUUUUGUUGAAUUCAGUAAAUUAUCGAGUAGUAGUAUCGAUUAAACUUUGAUCUUUACCGUCAGAAAAAUGAAUUUUAGCAGUAAGUGAAUGCUAUUUUGAUUUUGGUUGCCGAUUUUCAUUUUUUAUGAACGACGCCUUUUUGUGAAUGGCGCUUUUAAUUCCCUUGAUCUUAUGUACAUGCGAAAAUGAAUGUUGUUCUUUACUUCUA